UCUCUGGAAGCUCCGCUGCUCGCGCGCUCAGGCAGUAGAACAGUCAGCUGGGGAGAGGCAGGCGUGUGCUCGCGCGUGCCGACCAACCGGGAAGCGAAGCGCAAACCGAGCUAGACCCUGCACAACGGCGCAGGCUCGAGGUCGAAACGGGCACUUUUUCACCCCAUCGACGCACGGAUUUCUAACACUUCCGUCCUUACCAUGGCCGACCCAGUGAACGAGGGUUUCGAUGGCGCGGGAGGCGUUCGAGGUUUCGAGCGACAGGGCGCGCUGAGGCAGAAGAACGUGCACGAGGUGAAGAAUCACAAGUUCAUCGCGCGCUUCUUCAAGCAGCCGACCUUCUGCAGCCACUGCACCGACUUCAUCUGGGGUUUCGGCAAGCAAGGCUUUCAGUGUCAAGUGUGCUGUUUCGUGGUCCACAAACGCUGCCAUGAGUUUGUUACGUUCUCCUGCCCAGGAGCUGACAAAGGCCCUGCAUCAGAUGACCCUCGUAGUAAACAUAGGUUUAAGGUACACACGUACUCCAGCCCCACGUUCUGUGACCACUGUGGAUCUCUGCUGUACGGACUCCUACAUCAAGGGAUGAAAUGUGACAACUGCAUGAUAAAUGUUCAUAAGCGAUGUGUGGAGAACGUCCCCAGUCUGUGUGGAACAGACCAUACGGAGAGAAGAGGACGUCUGAAUCUCAGUGCUCAUAUCAAAGAUCAAGUGCUUACAGUGAGCGUCCAAGAUGCUCGUAACUUGGUACCGAUGGAUCCCAAUGGCCUUUCAGAUCCAUACGUGAAGCUCAAGUUAAUUCCAGACCCAAAGAAUGAGAGUAAACAAAAGACCAAGACCAUCAAGUGCUCCCUAAAUCCCGCCUGGAACGAGACCUUUACUUUUAACCUCAAAGAGACAGACGUAGACAGGCGUCUGUCAGUGGAAAUCUGGGAUUGGGAUUUGACCAGCAGAAAUGACUUCAUGGGUUCGAUGUCCUUCGGCAUCUCUGAGCUGCAUAAACAAGGUGUCAGUGGAUGGUUUAAAUUGCUGGGCCAAGAGGAAGGGGAAUAUUUUAAUGUUCCAGUUCCACCAGAGGGAGAAGAAGGCAAUGAGGAACUAAGGCAGAAGUUUGAGAGAGCCAAAAUUGGACCGGGCACUAAGAACAUAGAUGGAUCAUCAAAGAACGACAUCUCCAAAUAUGAUGCCAACGGCAACCAGGACCGCAUGAAACUCUCUGACUUCAACUUCAUUAUGGUACUCGGCAAAGGCAGUUUUGGCAAGGUCAUGCUCGCCGAGCGCAAAGGCUCAGAUGAGCUGUACGCCGUAAAGAUCUUAAAGAAGGAUGUGGUUAUCCAAGAUGAUGAUGUUGAGUGCACUAUGGUGGAGAAGAGAGUUUUGGCUCUUUCCGGCAAGCCGCCCUUCCUUACACAUCUACACUCCUGCUUUCAAACCAUGGAUCGUCUUUACUUCGUCAUGGAGUAUAUCAGUGGCGGAGAUUUGAUGUAUCAGAUACAACAAGUUGGAAAAUUCAAAGAGCCCCAUGCAGUGUUUUAUGCAGCUGAGAUCGCCAUCGGUCUCUUCUUCCUCCAUUCAAAAGGGAUUGUUUACAGAGAUCUAAAGCUAGACAAUGUGAUGUUGGACUCUGAAGGCCACAUUAAGAUAGCAGAUUUUGGCAUGUGUAAGGAGAACAUGUUUGAUGGUGCCACGACCAAAACCUUCUGUGGUACUCCAGAUUAUAUCGCCCCUGAGAUCAUCGCUUAUCAGCCCUAUGGGAGGUCUGUUGACUGGUGGGCCUAUGGAGUUCUCCUGUAUGAAAUGCUUGCUGGACAGCCUCCUUUUGAUGGCGAGGAUGAAGAUGAGCUUUUCCAGUCCAUCAUGGAGCAUCAUGUGUCUUACCCCAAAUCUAUGUCCAAAGAAGCAGUGGCCAUAUGCAAGGGGCUGAUGACCAAACAUCCAGGGAAACGCCUUGGCUGCGGACCAGAAGGAGAGAGAGAUAUUAAGGAGCAUGCGUUCUUCCGCUACAUGGAUUGGGAAAAAUUACAAAACAAGGAAGUUCAGCCCCCCUUCAAACCCAAAUCUUGCGGUCGAGAAGCAGAGAACUUUGAUCGUUUUUUCACCCGUCAUCCUCCUGUCCUGACCCCGCCUGACCAGGAAGUGAUUCAAAACCUGGACCAAGAAGAAUUUCGGGGCUUCUCGUACAUUAAUCUUCGUUUUUCAUCUGUAAGAUCCAAGUAGCCCAUUUUAGCCAAGCACGUUGUAGGGACCAAUCAUAUGACAGAUACACGGUUCGAACGAGCCGAUGAGGGACAAGCGGUUUAGUGGAACGGAGGUAAUUUCGGUACACAUUGUUCCUUCCUGUUUAUUCUUUCAUUCAUGUUGCUUAAGCCUCUUAUUUCGGGAAGGAUCGAGGAAAACGAUAAACUAACUUUUUAAACGAGCUUAUUAAAGAGCGAGUAAGUGAGAUUUUCCUAUUCUCUGUGCUUGCAUUUCAUUAUGUACAGUGAUGUUACGCGACUUAAAAAAAAAAACUUAAUAGUAUUUAGGUGAAUUUCACGAAACUUGGCCGGAACAUGUCCAGGUCACAUUUUACACCAAAAGUUAAAGAAAUAUAUUGAAAAUUAUUUCCCAAAUACAUGUAAUGGGACGAACAGUAUUAGUGUAGUAUUUGUAGUAUUGUGUUGCCCUAAAUACAACUAUUGUAUUACAUUUUAACUUUAUAACAUUGAAAUAAAAAAAAUAACUUAAUAGAAUAAUGAAAAGUACGAAAUACUCAAAAAAGAGAAAGCCGUAAUGCAAAAGAAAAUGAUAAUCCUCAAAACAAGCUAUGAAUUUGUUGUUUUUCGGAUGUGACAUAUGAAAUGAACACGUUCUUCACAGGUUUUGUGAUCUUCACCCAUUCACUUUUGAUUCAAUCAUAUCUUUAUCAAAUAUAGCUGCCAAAUCUUUCCUUUUCCCCUAACACAUACACAUGACCCAUGUGGCUCGGCUGAACCAUUUAGCUCUCAUUGAUCAGGCCGUUUUACUGGGUCACCCCAUUUUCAGUGAUUUUUCGGUUCGGUGUUGUACGUGUGUUUGUGUAAAACUGUGCCAAGUCAGAGAUUAAAGAUUAGAAGAUGAUUAUACGGUACAUCAUGUAGUUAUCCAACAAGUGCUGCUUGGAUACUCAUAACUACAUCCUUCUUAGAUUAGCCAACUGGAAAUGAUAGUUAUGUAUCUGCAACAAUUAAGCAUCUGCGACUUAUUCCAGACAUAUUAAUGUUGUAACUACUUACUAAAGUUAACAUAUCUUUUUGUCAUUAUUCUGCCAAAUCUGUGAUGUAUGAUCUUUUUUGACUUGUUACCUGUGCCUGGCAGUGUUUGGAUCAAAUUACUGUAAAACUGUGGACAGACUGUUUCUAGAGGAAAAUAUAUGAAUAUGUAUUUGGAAUAUAUGAAUGAUUUCUGUUUGUUCUGUAUAUUUUCA